AUGCAAGCCGUAGUCGACGUCGCGGCUGAAGAUGCUAGGAUGUACCAAGUCCCAAACUCAGUUCCAACACCCGAGACUGUGGCCCCUACUCCCACGUCUUGGGAUGACUCUGCUCUUCCUCCCGUCGACACUGCUUCAGCUUCAGCUCUAACUUCUGUCUUCCAUGUUACUAUGGUGAACCUUCUACUGUUCCUACCGACCCAAUACCUCAUUCUCAACAUUGACUAUUUCUUUGCCAACAUUGACGAGCUUUUUGGCGAUCUUGGAGGCGACAUCUGCAGCGAGGUCACUGGGCCUCCUAGAACUUAG